UCCACUUGGCUCUCAGGAUUUAACCUUGUAUUGGCAUCAUAACUUCCUCUGGUACCAAUCCAACGGGUCACAUGUUUAGCUGAAGCAAAGGAACACCAAACUCCGAGUCUUUUUACGUCUUUCUCCCUUUGAGUUUCAGGCUUUCAGCCACUCUGAGAGAGAGAGAGAGAUGGAAUGGGCGACGGACAUUCUGAUUCAGGUCGUCUUUCUGCUGCUGACGCUGGGGAUGUACCUCGUGAUGCAGAACUUCCCCAAACAAGCCCUAGCAAAAUUCAGGCUAAGGGGACGAGCCAACGUCCAAGCAAAGCGCCACUUCGUGCACGGGGCUCAGCUCUUGGCCCGUGCUCGAACCGCGCGCAGUCGAAGCAGCUGCAUCUCCCUCGCCAAAGAAGCCACCGACGAGGCUGAUAAGGCCCUCUCCCUCGACCCCAAAGAUGCGGCCGCUCACAUUCUCAAAGCCCUAGCCCUCGAUCUCCAGGGCCACAAGACAUCUGCCCUCAAAUCCCUCGACGCUGCGCUCUCUCCGCCCGCCGUCAAGUCCCUUACCGAUCGCGAGCGAGGGGAUGCGCUCUUCAAGCGCGCCGAGCUGCAGGUCGAAUUGAAUCGCCGGCGCCGGGUCGACUCGGCGGUUUCAGAUCUCGUGGAAUCGGUGAAUCUGAGCCCUGAGAAUUCCAAGGCGUUUUGCCUUCUGGGGCAGUGCUACGAGCACAAGGAGAUGAGGGAGGAGGCCAGGAAGGCUUACGAGGACGCGAUUCGGGUCGAUCCCAAUUCUGCCGCGGCUCGCGAGGGUUUGGACCGUCUGGCGUCUCAGUGAGUGAAUGUGGAUUGUGAAGAACAAGAUGCUCGGAUCAAUUUUUAGUUGGAGGUAUCUAUUUUAAAUUUCACAACUGCCGAUUGUGUUUGGUGGUAUCCAUUCUUCCGGGGCUUCGCACUCCAUGAUCACUCUUGUACCUCAUAUAUGUAUUAUUUUGUUUCAGUUUCUGGUGAAACAAGUAUCUAUCUUGGAAAUGUAGCCUGUAACUUUCUUUCUGGAAAAUCAUAGAAAACUGGUUUGACUAGAUGAAGCCUUUUGAUUUGCUGGAGAA